AAAGGGAAAAAAAAAAACUUGCUUAAUUCCAAAUUAAUUAUAUUGUCAAGUAAUGAGAUGUCCUGAGCUGAAUUUUAACAUAGUUUUCUCAAAAUAAAUUAUGACGUAAAAAUACUCUGGCAAAUUAUGUAGUAAAUUAAGGCCGUACAACAUACACAGACAGCAUAGUUUAGCACGCCGGGAGGAAUGGCCGGGGAAGCACAGCGAGGCUCAAGAAACAGCGGACCAGUGGCUGCAGAAGGAAACACACAGGUCCACACGCCUGGAAAGACUGGGCCGCUAGCCGCAGAGUGAACUCAAGGCGAGAAGUCCUGCUCCGUCCCCCACCAGCCCGACAGGGGGCGGCCGAGAAAGCGCACAUCCGGGUAACAGGGCUCGCGCUUGCGCAGUGCCUGCGAACAUGGCUGCCGCCGGUCGUCUGCGCUUUGGACAUGAGAUUGGCAAUGGUGGCUCAGAAGGUUCCCAUGGAAGAACUGUCUUGUGACAUGGAAAUGGAAAGAUUUGUGAGAGAUGACACCUCCUUGCUGGUUCUGGGUGAGAACUGGGACUGUGAGAACCACAAGAGACAUUUGAGGCAAUCUGCUUUACCCCAGGAGAAGCCAGGGGUUCAGGUAGCAGUCUCUGAAUAUCUUGGCUUUGAGGAGCAUUUGAGUGCAAGCUGGGGCCUUCCACCAUCUCAGAGAGUACCUACAAAAAAUGGUUUACAUGAUGCAGAUGCCAGAAUGUUGGAUUGUGACCAGCCCUUACACAAUUGCUCCAAAAAGUAUGCAGGCAAGAGAACUAGUGACAGUGAUGCCUGUGGAAAAACCUUACACCACUCCUUAGAAUUUACUCAGUUUGGAAGAAAUAAAGUGAAAGACAAACCCUGUAAAUACCCUGAAAAUGUUAAAUCCAUCAACCAUUUCACCCAUGUUGGCAAUCAAAAAAUAAUGAAAAGAGGAAAGAAACUUUAUGAAGACAAUGACUUUGGGCACAUCUUUGCCCUGAGCUCAUCUCUAAGUGAAAACAGGAGGAGUCACCUCACUGAGAAACCAUAUAAGUGUACUGAAUGUGGCAAAUGCUUCAAACGUAACUCUUCUCUAGUUCUGCAUCACCGAACUCACACUGGAGAGAAACCUUACUCCUGUAACGAGUGUGGAAAAUCCUUUUCUAAGAACUACAACCUGAUUGUGCAUCAAAGGAUCCAUACAGGUGAAAAACCAUAUAAAUGCAAUAAAUGUGGAAAAGCAUUUAGUGAUGGGUCAGCUCUGACUCAACACCAGAGGAUUCACACAGGUGAGAAGCCUUAUGAAUGUCUAGAAUGUGGAAAAACCUUUAACCGAAAUUCAUCUUUGAUUUUGCAUCAAAGAACUCAUACAGGAGAAAAACCAUAUAGAUGCAAUGAGUGUGGGAAACCCUUCACUGACAUCUCUCACCUUACUGUGCAUCUCAGAAUCCACACGGGUGAGAAGCCAUAUGAGUGCAGCAAAUGUGGUAAGGCUUUCCGAGACGGCUCGUACCUUACCCAGCAUGAGAGAACUCACACUGGAGAGAAGCCCUUUGAGUGUAUAGAGUGUGGGAAAUCCUUCAACCGUAACUCCCAUCUCAUUGUGCAUCAAAAAAUCCAUUCUGGGGAGAAACCCUAUGAGUGUAAAGAGUGUGGGAAGACAUUCAUUGAGAGUGCAUAUCUCAUCAGACACCAGAGGAUUCAUACUGGUGAGAAGCCCUAUGGAUGUAACCAGUGCGAGAAGCUUUUCAGAAAUAUUGCUGGCCUCAUCCGGCACCAGAGGACUCAUACUGGUGAGAAGCCCUAUGAGUGUAAUCAGUGUGGCAAAGCUUUCCGGGACAGUUCCUGUCUGACCAAGCACCAGAGGAUUCAUACCAAGGAAUCUCCAUAUCAGUGUCUGCAAUGUGGGAAAUCCUUUAAACAGAACUCUCAUCUGGCAGUUCAUCAGAGACUGCAUAACAGGGAGGGCCUCCACCAAUGUCCUCAUUGUGGGAAGUCAUUCAGGAGGAGCUCAUCCCUUGUCCGACAUCAGAGAAUACACCCUGAAGAGCAACCUGUGGAAACAUAAAUGCUGAUGACCACACUCUUUUCCCAGUUGACCCAAAAACCUGCACAAAGGUGGUGUGGCUUCUGAUGUGACUUUCUGGUCCUAAAGAUACCUGGAGAAUUGGUCAUUGUGAGACAUUUUGCAGCCCAGUUAUUCCCAUUAUUGAGGAACUCCUGGAGAAAACAUUAGAUGAUGGUAAAUGUGAAAAAAGCUUCAAGAAUCAUUAAGCCAGUCCCAAACAUGGUAGUAUGUAUACAGGAAGAAAACAUGAGAAUGUGAAGAAGAUGCUUCCAUCAAGAUGUCUACCCAUCUUUUAUUCAGCAUGCUAGAAAGAACUCAUGGAUGUAGUCAGUAAGUGAUCAGUAGGAGGAAUCCUUUAAAAGGGAGUGUCCACCUACUUUCCAGAAGCAAAUGCUUAUUAGAAUCAGAUCUUGUGAAUGUAGUCAGGAAGAGAAGUUUUUAGAAGGAGCUUUUAAUCUUUUCUUAUCAGCAAAGACAUCCUGGUGAGCAAACCUACAUACCUCUCAGCCCACAGCAAGGACAGAAUUAGAGCUGGAGUUUGCCUUGUGGAGGCAUUUCUGUGUUACAGUCCUUCUAGGACUCAUGGAGGAAAGGGGAAACUGGACAGAACAGUUGCUUCUGAAGGAGUGACAUCAUCUUUCCUAAAACUAAUACCUGCCUCUAGGAUUGAAAGGGGUAUUUUCAAGAAAUAUGAUCUAUUGCUUUAGUUGUGGAAACUAUGAAAUAAUAUGUUAUGUUUUCCUUAUUUCUUCCCUAGUCCCAUCUUUGUUUUUCAUUGAGGACCUCUAAUUUAUUCUGUUCAGCCAUUCUGACUCAUAAUUACAAAGGUUUUGUUACCAUGUUGAAAAUGCUUAUAAUAUGGCAAAAAGAAGGCAUAAGAUAGGAGAUUUACUGUUUUUACUGUUAAAGAUGUGCACAUAUGGGUAUAGAUUAGAAAUAAGUGAUAGAGAAAUAAAGACGUCAUUAGGGGACUAGAACUGUGUAUAGUUCUUUCCUCUAUUACAAAUCAUA